GUGUGGGUAUCAGACGAUCGAGCGGGCGCUAAGCUAACACGUCAACAUCAGAGCUAGUGCCGCAUCGCAUCGCCUCACCACACCUCACCUCCCCGCUAAGCUCAGCUUAUCCGGCCGGCAGCUUUGUGCCUUUCUGCUAUCAUCGUCGCCCCCCCUUGCAUUGGACCUAGCUAGCUAAUCUCUCUUUAGUCUUUUGUGCCAACGACGGAGCGAGAGUCGGAGGGGAAAGCGAGAGCUCCCCGUGCUACUAGCAGCUGCGGCAUCAUCGAUCAGUCUCGCUCCUCCGUCAAUCAAGCACAAAAUAAUCAAAAUCCCCAGGCCGUGAUCGGCAUCGGCUCGCUCCGUCAGACCCAUGGCGUCCAUAAUCAUCAUCGCCGUGGUGUUCGUCCUGGAUGUCCUCGCCUUCGUCCUCGCCGUCGGCGCCGAACGCCGGCGGAGCUACGUGACCUACGUGAACGUGGACACGUACGGGCGGGCCUACUGCGUGUACAGCUCCGACGCGUCCACGGCCUACGGCGUCAGCGCCCUGCUGCUGCUGCUCGCCGGCCAGACGGUCGCCAUGGUCGCCACCCGCUGCUUCUGCUGCGGCCGCGCGCUCUCGCCGGGGCGCUGGCGGGCAUGGUCCGGCAUCUGCUUCGUCGUUUGCUGCAUCACGUUCGUGAUCGCGGAGCUGUGCCUGCUGGCGGGGUCGGUCCGGAACGCGUACCACACCAAGUACAUCCCGCGGCCGAGCGACAGCCCGCCUUCGUGCGCGAUGCUCCGCAAGGGCGUCUUCGCCGCCGGCGCCGCCUUCACCUUCCUCACCGCGCUCUUCACCGAGCUGCACUACCUCUUCUACGCCAGGUCGCGCGCCGCCGCCGCCGUGCCGCCGCCCAUCGUCGGCGGCAUCGGCAUGACCCGCAUGUGACUGCUGCCUGCGUGACCGAGUGGUGAUUGACACUGCUAGCUGCUGCUGCUUCUGUACAUGAUGCGUGUGAUUGACCUGCAGCGUGUGGUAGUAGUGUGACGUGUUGCCCUGCCCCUUGGGCUGCCUGCGUGGUGUGCGUGUGUAUCGGAUUCAGGAACAUUCAUACGACCUGAUGAUGCAUUGCCAGCUGAAAUGCAUUUUCCUGCGCAGUGCAUACACAUUCAGGAAGGACUAAUUAAACUCUGUUGCUGUGCCUGGUAA